UCGGUUGCUUCUUCUCUUUUUUUCCCAUUUUCACACUUUUUCCUUAUUCAUCAACUCUUUUUUACAACUCUCUUUCGCUCUCUAUACUUUCUCUCUCUAAGUAAGCUCUUAUCAUCUACGACCACCAGCGAGAAACACCACAGAUUUAAAGGGAUAUAAUCGCCAACUACUUACUUGAUCAACGUUACUCAACCAAGAUUUAUUUAAAUAUAGGAGUAUCUUUUUGAAAGAACAAAAAGAUUAAAAUGAAGGUGGUUUGGUCUCCUGAAAAUGCUUCUAAAGCUUACAUCGACACCGUUAAAUCUUGUGAAUUAUAUCAAGAAUCAGGAGUAGCAGAAUUAAUAUCAGCGAUGGCAGCAGGUUGGAAUUCAAAGCUAAUAGUAGAAACAUGGUCACAUGGUAAUUUCACACCUCGAAGCAUCGGCCUCGCAAUCGCAGCUCGUCACACGAGUGGCCGACACGUGUGCGUAGUACCCGACGACCGUUCUCGCAACGAUUACAUGCAAGCCAUGUCCUCCGCCGCAGCCGGCGUACCAUUACCGGAGAUUAUCGUCGGAGAACCUGAAGAAGUGAUGGCGGAAAUCGACGGCGUUGACUUUUUAGUGGUGGAUAGUCGACGGAGGGAUUUUUCAAGGUUUUUGAGGUUAGCUAGGUUGAGUAGUCGAGGGGCAGUUUUGGUAUGUAAAAAUGCUGAGGUUAAAACGUCGUCGUUUGGGUUUAAGUGGAGAGGUGUUCUAGAUGGAGGGAAGUAUCGUGUAGUACGCACUGCUUUCUUACCUGUGGGUCCAGGGUUAGAUAUCGCACACGUGUCAACAUCUAGUAGUUCUGUUGCAUUAACAACGAAGAAGAAGCGUUGGAUUCGACAUGUCGACCAGAUUUCUGGUGAGGAACACGUCAUCAGAACCAUCUGAUGAGAUAUUUUUUUUGUUUCGACUUUAACUGAAAAAACCAAUUUAGGGAUGAAAUGAAUUUGUCUUUAUUUCUUUUUUUCUUUUAUUUUAUUUUUAUAUUUUUGGUAGUGAAAUAAGGGACUUUGUUGACUAAAUAAUAAAUGUAAAUAUAAAUGAGUUGGGGGUAUCAUAUGAGACAUUAUCUAUCCAUGCAAAAUGUUUCAGAAGUUGUAAUAUGGUCUAACUGAUUAGGCCACAACUUUGUACAGACUAAAUAUGAGUGAAUAUGAAAGUUUUGUUCAUAUACUUAAUGAGAAGUUAUUUUCUUUUUCGUA